AGGUCCUCAGCCGCCAUUUCAGGCCUAGUGCGGCAGGUUUCACGCCCAAUCUGGCUCAGCCAUGGCCAGCGACUCCACACUGCUGAAAGAGGCCCGCAACCGCAUGAACGAGAUCUUGGACCUUCAGCAGCGCGGGCAAAACGCGUUGCAGCAGGAGCCGAGGCAGAAGAUCAACAGUCUGUGGUUCGUGGCUGAGGGCAUGCGCAGCGAGGCGAGGGAGCUCCUCCUCCAGCUGGGAGGAGCCACCAAUCCGGGCCGUGGCUUUGGCUACUUAAAGUUGGUGCCCGAGGUGCUGCAGAUCGCGCGGAAGCUUGCGCUCUGGGCCGCGCGUGAUGAUUUCCCGGCCUUCCAAAAAAAGGCGCACGACAUCUUGGCCAUUGCGCGGCGCCUGCAAGAGCUCCUCAAGCCACACGUGCGCACGGCCCCGAUCUCCUGUGAGCCACCCCCCUCCGGAUAUGGCUUCAUUGAACUUUUCCCUGCGGAGAACGCUGCAGAUUCUGAGCCCAGCGAGUCCAACGGUUUUACGCUGCCUACUCAGGCUUCAUCAGACCCCCGAGGCUCUCUGGUUUCGACUGACAUUGCAGACACGCCUGAGCUGCCAGUGGUACGGAGGCAAGAGUUGGAGCGGCAACUCGAGGAGCUGGGGGUUCAUUACCAGCACCAAGACCAUGAAGCAAUUGCCUCUACACUCUACCAGUUGGCGUGUGGUUGCAGCAAGGCGGGCGACCUGCUUAGCGCGGAAGAGCACCUCCAAAAGGCUUGGGAGAUGUUCCGUCGCCUCGGCAACUCCAAUCACCCAUUAAUCUUUGAAACGCGGCGUGAGAUGGGAAGCCUGUGCAGGACCACAGGGGACCGACUCAAGGCUGAACAGCUCUUGAAUGAGGCCUUGGAAGAGGAGCGCGCUUUCCGGGGACACUCCAACCACCCAAGCAUCGCUGCAACGCUGCAUGAGCUGGGAGAUCUUCGCAGAGUCAAAGGGGACCUGUGCCAGGCUGAACAGCUCUUGUAUGAGGCUUUGGAGAUGAAGCGCUCUGUCUAUGACAAAGACCACGCAAAUACUGCCGUAACACUGCAUGCUCUAGGCUGCUUGUUCAGGGAGCGCAAAAACCUACCCAAGGCUGAAGAGCUCUUGCAGGAGGCUUUGAAGAUGAAGCGCGCUGUCUACGGCGACACCGCCCACACAAACAUUGCCGCAACGCUUGUUGGGCUGGGAAAAGUGCGCAGAUUGCUCGGUGACCUACCCAGGGCCAACGAAUACUUAGAGGACGCCUUAACGAUGUUACGCGAAGUCCACAGUGACUCCAACCACCCAAACAUCGUUGCAACGCUGUAUGAGUUCAGAGACAUCUGCAGGGAGGCAGGGAACCAUUCCAGGGCCGAGGAGCUGCAUCAGGAGGCCUUGAGUCUGAGCUUUCAGCAGCGAGGGCAAUGAGAAGCCCCUCGAGCAGAUCGUCUCAGAGGGCCGGUUGCUUGCCAGGGAGCUGAGCCGACUAUGGAAUGCGCGCACGCAGUUUCACCAGUUUUCCAGUUUUGGUCUACCUCCCGCCCUGGCCCUUAAAAGGCAGUGAUCUUGUGCCCACUUGCUUUGGCAAGUCAACC